AAUGAGCGAUGGUUACAUUCAAUUUUAAUGAGUUUAUCACUUUUACUGUCCAAUGCCAGUGUAGAAACAAGGCGGGAUUCAGCGUUACCAAGGCAAGUCUAAAUCUAGUAUAAAUGGAAUAACAUGGUGUCCCGGAGGCUGUUUAUGUUUACUUAAAGAACAUAUUCAACGGGACGGGUUUUUGGGGCGCAACGAAGUUUUCUAUGUCGUUUCAGUUUAUUUGCACUUUAACUUUAUUUUAUGUUAAGAUUUACAAGGCCAGUGGCAUGUAAAUCUCAUAUUUCACUAAUGUGCCAGUCUUACAAAUGGAAAGGGGGCUUCACUUUGGAAACGUGAGCAUUUCCUUGGUGCUCCUGCUGUUGGUAAAAGCUCUCAUAGGAUUCGGGACUUCGCAAGCUCAGGGCUCCGCCAUCGGGAGGGAGCCGCAGUCCGCCGCCAUCAGCCGGGGUUCAAGCUCGACUUCGGCAGAAGAUGGUUCAAGAGUCAUGCAGCGCGGCUUGGAGAACGUAGGCGCCCCGGUCGCUGGAACAGACGUUACCGUGGAGGACGAUGAGAAUGGGUCGCCAGGUGAGGCUGACGAAUCAUACGGAGAAAGCAACGGGAGCGUCCGACCUACAAGGUCUCUUGUGAUCAUCGGUACCCUGGAUGGGCGGAUCUCUGCUCUGGAUCCUCACAACCAGGGCAGGAAGCAGUGGGACCUAGAUGUUGGCUCAGGGUGCUUGGUGUCCUCCAGCCUCAGCAAACCUGAGGUUUUUGGCAAUAAGAUGGUGAUACCCUCACUGGAUGGUGCCUUGUUCCAGUGGAAUCGGGAUAGGGAGAGUAUGGAAGCAGUGCCUUUCAGUGUUGAAUCCCUGCUGGAGUCGUCCUUUCGCAUUGGAGAGGAUACUGUUCUGGUCGGGGGCAAGUCCCUCACUACUUAUGGCCUUGGGGCCUACAGUGGCAAGAUUCAGUACAUCUGCUCUGCGGGGGGAUGCAGCCGCUGGCAUGAUGACGAGGUGGAGACUGAAGAUGUCCUUCUGCUGCAGAGGACUCAGAAGACGGUGCGAGCCAUCAGACCUCGAUCAGGAAUGGAGAAGUGGAACUUCAGUGUCGGGAACUUCGAGCUUAAACUUGUUCCGGAUGUGCAGUCAGGGAUGAACUUCCUGGAGGGGGAUGUGGUGAACGGUGACACCUGGAAGGAAAGUCAGCGGGUCAUCACAGACGAACCAAAGGAUGGGGAGCAAACUGAGAGGAAGCAGAACCAAAACCAGCAUCUGGACCUGGUCAUCAAAGUCUCUGUUCCUGACUGGAAGGUCAUGGCCUUCAGCAGGGAGCCCAACGGACGGCUGGUCUGGGAACACCAGUUCUGCACGCCUAUCGCCUCUGCCUGGCUGGUGGGAGGUGGGAAAGUUACGCCCAUCAGCCUGUUUGACGACACCACCUACAGCAGCCAGUCAGAAGCUGAAGAGGAGGAAGAGGAAGAUUCUGAAAAGGCCCGUGGAGCUCCAGAGUCCAGCGUUUACCUUGGGAUGUACCAGGGGCAGCUCUACCUCCAGUCAUCAGUGAGGAUCACUGAAAAGUUCCCCUCUAAAGCCAUCGGAUCGGAGAAAGAUGUCAUUCCUCUUCCUACUGUUAAAUGGAAACCUCUCAUUCAGUCCCCCUCCCGGACUCCAGCUCUGGUUGGUUCUGAUGAAUUUGACAAGUGUCUGAGUAAUGACAAGUACUCCCACGAUGAAUACAGCAACGGAGCUUUGUCCAUCCUUCAGUAUCCGUAUGACAACGGCUACUACUUCCCCUACAGCAAGCGCUACCGGGAGAAACGUGAGAGCGCUGUCAGCCUCAUAAAGGGAAACGAGGCGGGCGCCGACAGCCGCAGGAGAAAGGACCCCGUGCUGCUGCUGCCAUGGUGGAAGGAGAUCCUCGGUACCAUUGUUUUCUGCAUCGCCGCCACCACCUACAUCGUCCGCAAGUUCUUCCACCCUCCUGCUCCUGUGGCCUAUGUGAGGCAACGGAAAGAGUCGGAGACACAGUGCCAGACAGACAGCAAGUUUGACCUUGAAGUUGUAGAAUCCAAAGAGCCGGUUACCAUGGAGAUCCGUACCAGUGAAUAUGUGUCCAGGUACCUGACGGACUUCGAGCCGGUGCAGUGCCUUGGCCGAGGGGGGUUUGGUGUCGUGUUUGAAGCCCGCAAUAAAGUGGAUGAUUGCAACUAUGCAAUCAAAAGGAUCCGGCUGCCCAAUAGGGAGCUGGCCCGAGAGAAGGUGAUGCGGGAGGUCAAGGCCCUGGCAAAGCUGGAGCAUCCGGGAAUAAUCCGCUACUUCAACGCCUGGCAGGAGAGCCCCCCUGAGGGCUGGCAGGAGGAAAUGGACCAGAGGUGGCUGAAAGAUGCCAGUACCACCGACUGGCAGAUGAGCUUCCUUGAUCACAUGGAGGUGCUGUCAGUCAAAGUCCCGGUGUCUAGCUCUGUGUCCCCCGCCUCUGGGCCUGAAGGAGAUGCUCUGGAGGUAUCUAUUGACGCGCAGGGCCUCCUCUCCAGCAGCACCGUGGGCUUCAGCGUCAACGACGUAGACCUGUCCUACCAGCCGCUGCUCGGCCAUGACAGUCUGAUGUCCGAGAGAGACAGCCAGGCCGACCCCGACGCCUCAGACACCCCCCACUCUUUUGAGCUCUGCCCUCCACGUGGCCCCAGCGACUGCACCUCCUCUUCCUUCGACAUCGUGUUUGAGGAUUCCGGCUGUGACCGAGACGCCGAUGCGGACACAGACUCCGGCUCUAGCGCGGCCGUUCCCGGUACAGUGGCGGAGAAAAACACCUCGUCUUCCUCACACACCAAACGACAGGAAACUGCCCCGUCCUCCUCUUCCAGUCCACCUCGCCCAACCUCUCUCACCCUGGCCCUCCCUACAACUCCUCCAACUCAGCGGGUGCAGCCUUCACCAAAGGUGUACCUGUACAUCCAGAUGCAGCUCUGUCGGAAGGAGAACCUGAAGGACUGGAUGGCCCAGCGCUGCCUGCCGGAGCACAGAGAGCACAACCAGUGUCUGGACAUCUUCCUGCAGAUCGCAGAGGCCGUCGACUUCCUGCACAGCAAGGGGCUCAUGCACAGAGACCUCAAGCCUUCAAACAUCUUCUUCACCAUGGACGAUGUGGUGAAAGUGGGAGACUUCGGUCUGGUGACGGCCAUGGACCAGGAGGAGGACGAGGACGAGCCCCUGACCCCCGCCCCACUGCUUACCCGGCACACCGGCCAGGUCGGCACCAAGCUUUACAUGAGCCCGGAGCAGCUUUCUGGAAACUCGUACUCUCACAAAGUCGACAUUUACUCUCUGGGUUUGAUUCUGUUUGAGCUGCUGUAUCCUUUCAGGACCCAAAUGGAAAGAGUGAGGACGCUCACAGAGGUGAGAGCGCUGCGCUUCCCAGAGGUUUUCGCCAUAAACAACAUUCAGGAGCUGAGUAUGGUCCGCAGCAUGCUGUCGCUGAGCCCCGGCGAGCGUCCCGAUGCAGCUGACAUCACAGGGACACCCCUCUUCCAGGAGCUGGAGUUGCCAUGCCGACUAGCCAUGAGGCAGCGCUCCCGCACCUACAGCGCCUCCUCAAUGGGCCGUCCUUCACGGCAAACAUCCGCGACCUGAAAAUCCAUCAACACAAUCUGCGAUUCCCCUGUUCAUCUCUCUGCUGCCCCGCUCACACCCACUCCAUCACUAGCACUUCAUUAAGCUUAAUGAAGCAAUUCUUUAGUCGUGUUAAAGUUAGUGAGAUCACAUCCGGCUCGGUUCCUUUACUUUGGUAAUUGUCACACAUCAUCACAGCUCUUCUUACUACCACAUAGCAAACCACGCUAAGAACAGUUUAACAUCUGAUCUCGUCUGGUCACAUGCUGCUCCUCCCAGUGUUCACCCACCAACGCUACACCUCAGGUAUCAAAACCAAGAGGACACUCCAAAGGGGUCUUUGAUGCUUGACCAUUCGUUCUGCUCACUUGUGUCACCUCUAAGGCUGAUCUGGGAGACAAAAAAAAAAAAUCAUCUUUUCUUCCUAAUUUUUUUUGUUUUGUUUUUUUAUGAGAGAAGGUGAUGUAUCGCCUGGAAACAAGUUUUAAGUCCCGUUCAUCUGAAGUGGCUUGCCUUUAGAAAGGGGCCCAUGGCCCCGUUUGAGUGUAUGCCGAGCUUUUGGCUCACGUCUUUUUUGCAUGUACCUGAUAGAGAAACCGAAGGUGUGAAUGUGAGUUUAUCUUAAAGCCAGUAAUCGGACGCAGUCUUUUUUCCUGUGUGGAAAUUUUACAGAAUGACUCUGAGGUGCUCAAUCUUUUUCUAACACCUCCUCUUUCCUCUCUGUACAUAACCGAAGGAAGAACCUUGUUUAUAACCUUUUCUUUGAUAAUUCAGAGGAUAAGUUUGAUCAAUGUUGUACAUAGUGUAAGACACCAUUGCUUGUAAAAGGCUUUUUCAUGAGGAAACUGUAAGAUAGUGUGAUAUACUGUGAGAGAGGGAACAAAGUGAAGAUAAUCUGCCAUUAAUGGAUAGCUGAAUGUUUCUGUGUGACCUCCAGAGACUAAUGAUGAUGACGAUGGUGGUCACCUCUUUGAUAUUAUUCUCAGUGUUUUGUUUUCAUGUUUGGGGGAACUAAGUGGACCACCAGAGGAGAGGCUGCAGGAACCAGAGUGCCAUUUGAAAGUCAGUUUAAGUGUACUUUUUCUGUAACCGAUAACUCACCUCACUUUUUUUCUAAAUUUCUCUGUUACGUUCAAACCGCAACCCCAGCGUUCCCGCUGAAACGGGAAGAACAAACGCUGAGGUCUGCAGCUCUCCCACGAUGCUGGAAUACACUGUUUAGUUAAAAAGUUGACGCCGUUUUCUUGAUCCCCUCUGCACCGUCUGCAGGGGACCUGGACCUGAUGAUGCUGACGUGAUCCACAUGAGCAUCGUUUCUCUGAAGUGCUGCAAGAGUCACAUGACCUGUUGGUACCUACACAAACUGUUAAUUGUAAUCGUGCUUUCUAUGAUUGUACUUUUUCUAAAGAUCUUCUCUUUAAGAAAAGGAAAAACAAGAAAAAAAUGAAGGCAGGUUUUUUUAUUAUUCUGCAGGGCUUUUGGAUUACUUUUGUGUCUGAUGAAAAAAAGCCAAACUGAUGUUUGUUCCUCUGUCCACUCAGACUACUGAAGAUGGGUCACCCUUGUUGUAAAAUGGUCAAUCUGAAUCUUUAAACCAGAUGUGCUCCCACCACAUUAAAACAUGAAACUGGAGAGUUUGGUAAAGAUGCAUCCCAGAAACCCAGACAGAAUUUGCUCUUUAUUAAAGUCCUGUUACUUAAGUUUAGACAAUAUAAUACGUUUUGUAGAAUUAUUGAAUCAAGUUUAAUUUAAUUAAGUCCUCCACAAAUGAGCCAGAAAGAUUUGUAAUUCCUUUCACACCUUCAGUCCCCUCCGGUAGUAAAUUAUCGUCUUUGUACCAUUAAUACUGAUUACAGCAUUAUUGAUAAGUGUUUUUCUCAUUGAUUCUACAGAUGUUCUUCCUUUCUAUCAAACCAAGACUUAAAUGUGAAUCCUCAGUAGGUUUUUCAUGCUUUGUUUCAUGUGUUGAUCCUCCCUCCACUUCUGCUGUCCGGGUAGAUUUUUUCCCAGAUGAAAAGACUCUUUAUCCUCACUGGAUGGACAUGUUAGUCGCGUGUUCUCGUGCACAACUCCCACAUCUCUGUCCACAUUGUAUUGUAAAUAUGUUUAUUUGCUUUAUUUAUGUUCCGAUGCCCUGAUCAAUCCUUUUUUGGGUUGGUGUUAUAAUGAAUGCCCUUCAUGAAAUGGAGUGCGUUGGACAAUGAUGACUUCUUAAAAGUCUAAAUUUAAUAAACUGUUCUAUACAAUUUG